GGGAGUAGAUAGUAAAGAACCCCAACUUCUCUCUUUUGGCCACCCUUCUUGGAUCCCUCUCCAUUAAUAAAAAGAAAGAAACUACACACUCUUUUACAUUCAAAGUAAUAUAGAAAGAUAGAAACCUCUCUCUCUUUCUCCUCUUCUUCUUCUUCCAUAAUUCCUUUGUUUCUUUUUCAUUUUCUAGCUCUGCUUUUCAUGGCACUCUUAACCUUUUUACCAGAAACAUCAGAAAAUACCCAAAAACAACCUUCUAAAAGGAGGAAAAAACAGCAAAAACAGAACAAGGAGAAACAAAAGCAGCCAUCUUCAUGGGAUCAAUUCAAGAACUUGUUAACUUGCAAACAAAUAGAAAACUCAACUGUUCAUGACCCGGCUUCCAAGAACCCUUCAUCUACUGCUGCUGCUGGAGCUUAUUCUAAGUUGAGUUCUUGCAGUUCCAUAUGCAGUUUCAGGGAUGUUGUACAUGGCAACACAAGGGUGGUACAUAGAGCUGAUAAUUCUCCAGAAAGUAGCAGUUUAGGCCAAGAAACUCGUCUUCUAAACAAGAACAAAACUUCUCAUCAUGGCCCAUCAUCUUCGAGUUCGAGGUCUCUUGCAAGAUCUAACGGUAGUGGUAGUUCCACGUACACUACUUCUUCAAGAGGAAUGCCAUUUCGAAAGCUCUCUGGAUGUUAUGAGUGUCACAUGAUAGUUGAUCCUAGCAGGUAUCCUUUGCCAAGGUCAACUAUAUGUGCAUGUCCUGAAUGUGGAGAAGUUUUCCCAAAAAUUGAGAGCUUGGAGCAUCACCAAGCCGUCAGGCAUGCUGUCUCAGAGUUGGGUCCAGAAGAUUCAAGUCGAAACAUAGUGGAAAUUAUCUUCAAAUCAAGCUGGCUCAAGAAGGACAAUCCGAUCUGCAAGAUCGAACGGAUAUUAAAGGUCCAUAACACCAAGCGCACGAUCCAACGAUUCGAGGAUUGCAGGGACGCCGUAAAGAUACAUGCAGUUGCUACAGGCAAGAAAAACCCAAGAUGCGCUGCUGAUGGAAAUGAGCUACUUAGAUUUUACUGCACGAGCCUUACGUGCACCCUCGGUGCGCGUGGCUCAUCCAGCUUGUGUGGCUCCAUACCCGGCUGCGGAGUCUGCACUACCAUACGCCAUGGCUUCCAAGGAAACAAAACUGGUGGGGUCCGCACGACUGCAAGCAGUGGGCGGGCCCACGAUUGCCUCGGUAACAACACCACCCGACGCAGGGCGAUGUUGGUGUGUCGGGUUAUUGCCGGACGAGUUAAGCAGACGGCGAAGGAUGUGGCAACUUCUCCGACGAAGGAGGAGGAGAGCUGUUCUAGCUCUGGUUCUGGCUCUAGCUUAUCAGCUGUGUACGACUCCGUAGCCGGCUACGCUGGGAUAUACUCGAAUCUGGAGGAAUUAUACGUAUUUAAUCCAAGGGCAAUACUUCCAUGCUUUGUCGUGAUAUACGAAGCUUUGGAAUCUUAGGUUCAACGUUUUUCUCUAUAUGUACUUCAGCUAUUUGUACGGUUUAGUUUGUUAUCUUCUUUUUGUUGUGCCCUUAAUUUAUGUAAAUAAUUUCGGGUUGAUUAAAAAUUGUAACACCCGUGAGUACCAAAACCAAAACUAGUUCGAUGAGGUAAUACUGAUCCAACUAUGAUUUUUGUACAUA